AUGCGGCCAUGCUGCGCGCCAUGUUUGCCAAAGGCUGCCAAUGUGAAAGUGACUUUGGACGUUGGUGGCCAUAGAUAUACCUCGGUGAAAUCCACUUUAACCACUGGUCGAGGAGCCAAUUCGGCUUUGGUUGACCUAUUGAACGGUCCAUGUGAAGAGGAUGGCUCCUAUUUUUUGGAUCGUGAUGGCUUGCAAUUUCUCUUUAUAAUGAACUAUCUCCGGUAUGGUCCUGGAGCAUUUGUUGCUCCUGAGAGCCGGACGGCACGCUUAACCUUGGUGGCCGAAGCGAAGAUGUUAAGACUACCAGGCCUGGUGGAAUUGCUGGAGAAUUCGGAACCAUCUUUACCUGUCUCACCAAAUCCAAACAGUUAUGCGCUGACAGAAGAAGACACGUAUUUUGGAGCACCCAUUCCCAAGAACGAGGCCGAACGCAUUGCUAAGCUUCGUUCGUUGGAUGUGAUGGACACCAAGAACACCGACACUUGGGUGAAUGGUGACACGGAAUACGACUUGAUCACUCGAAUUUCUGCUGCGAUCAUUGGCACUCCCAUCGUUUUGGUGUCACUGGUUGCGGAGGACAAGCAAUGGUUCAAGUCAAGAUGUGGCCUUGAAGCCAAUGAGACCAGUCGCGCCAGCAGUUUCUGUGCGUACACCUUGGUGUCCACGGACCUGGCCGAUGCUCAUGUUCUCAUCGUCACGGACGCCCGAAGGGACUUGAGAUUUAUGCGGAACCCAUUGGUCCUGGGAGAACCGUAUAUCCAGUUCUACUGUGGCGUGCCUUUAAUCACCUCGGAGGGACUUCGAAUGGGUUCCCUGUGCUGCAUCGACAGCAAACCUCGUGACAUCUCACCGAAGGAGCUGGGCCUCCAGAUUAACUUUGGCUACCUGACGUCGCAGGCUCUUGAGUCAAAGUACUUGGAAGAGCAGAACUCUCAGGAGCCCCGAGAAGGAAUCAGCAAAGAGGAGGAGCAUUUCCUUGGGGGUCGACUGAGGGCAGAAGCGAUGUGUGACUUUGGACGCACCGCCAUCUGCCUGGUUUGGGCGCGGCCUGAUUCCAUGGACUGGCCCUUGAUGCAUCUUGGUGAGGAUCAUCUCACAGAACUGUGA